GUUCAGUGCUUUCUAAUCAUUCAGUUUUUCUUUGCUUCAGAACAUUAUCUCAAUCACUAAAAUGGCUGAUUUGGAUGCAAUCUACAACGCCUAUAAUGAAAUCAUGGAUGCAAAAGACAAGGCAUCAGAGCACUUGAAUGCUUACAACACUAUCAUAGCUGCAUCCCAAGGAUCAGAUGGCGCAAAGAGAUUAGCAUCACAAUUUAUUCCUACCUUUUUCAAACAUUUUCCGACACUCCAUACAAAGGCUAUUGAUGGCAUCUUUGAUCUUUGUGAAGAUGAUUCAAAUAUAAUCCGCCAAUCGGCUAUUAAAAGCCUCCCUUCAUUGUGUAAGGAUGGACCACAACAUACCAUUAAGAUUGCCGAUGUUCUAUGCCAGUUACUUCAGCUAGAUGACCAAGACUUGGUAGUUGUGCAGGGCGCUUUGCAUACAUUGAUGCUUCAGAGUCCUCGUGAGGUAUUGGCUGUGCUUUUCCGUCAAGGUGUUAAAGGGGCGGAUCUACGUGAAAGAUCUUUAGAUUUCAUAACCAACCAGGUCAUGUCCUCAAAAGACACCCUUCUUAAAGACCCUGAGAUUGAACUGUUCUUCCUCGAAGAAAUGCAAAAGGCUAUGGGGUCUGUUUCGAAUUCAGAACUAGAAAUAUUUGCCAAAAUAAUCAUGCAAACAAAGUCUUAUCAAAGCGGAAGACUAGACUUGACUGGGCUCUCUUUGGCUUAUAUAGCUCACAUCACUUCAGAAAAUCCAUUUAAUAUUAAAGAUCAAGAAUCAGUCAAGCGGCUUUUGGUAGCUGGGAAGCUCUCCAUGCCGCUGUUCAAGCGAACUAUUACAGCGGACCCGCUGCUUGAAUUUUUCGCUGUAAAUGUUCUUCCUCGCAAAACUUUUGAUCAACUCAUGGACAAGCAGAAAACAUCACUUCUCCGAUUAUAUACGGAUAGCAUGUUGACAGGACAUCCUUCACCAACAAUUAUAAAGUCCGCGGGUAGUCUCUUGACAGAUAUCUUGGUUGCAACGGUGCCUGCUGAACAGAGUAACACAACACCAGUCGAUCUUGCACAAGUGGAGUGUCUGACAAUCUUGUUAUUCUACAUUGCAGCAAAGGAACCCGAGCUUAUAGAAAAUGAGGAAUUGACUUCAAGGUUCAAGACAUUAUAUGUCCUAACUCAAAGACAGCUCUCGAGCUUGAAAGACGCACAAGCAGUUGCCCAGGCCAAAAAACCUCAAGAUGCUGAAGCCAUUAAAAAUCUCACAAAGACCAUUACAAUUCAUAAUAACAUCCACACGAUUGUUAAGGAAUUUAUGAAGCCCAAACACUUGCGCCGCAGCCAAUCCAUUCCUAAUCCAUCUUGGAGACAUUUGCCAGAAGCUCCUAAAUCAAAUGCCUCCAAUGUCUCUGGAUCAAUAAAAUCCUCUGCUGCUAUUGCUAUGAGUACGCUUAAUCCAUCCACCAAGGCUAGAGUAGUCCCCAGCUCGAGAUCUUUGCCUUCACAGCAAAAACAGCAAGUCAGCUCAAAUAAGAGAAAGCCUGAGCAAGAUUUGAAUAGCAAGCCAAAGAAACCCAAGAUCGUACGUCAAAAUGCUUCCAAUACCAGUGGGUUAUCUCCAGGGAAUAGUAGCCCUGUCAGCCAUGGUAACAAACAGCACCAACAGGUGCAACAUGGCCAACAUUCGUCUCAACCUUCUCAAGGAUCUCACGGGAAGAAAGGAAAUGGAGGCUUUCCUCCAUCGUUUGAUAACCGGCGAGCCCGCGAUAAUAAUGGCAGGAUCAAUUUUUUGAAGCGAUAGACUCCGCUCGAUUUGUGUAUGCCAUUCUGAACAAAGCAUCAUAACCGU